AUGGAAAUGCACCCGAGACUAUAUAAACAUAUCAACAAAGUUUUAUCUGUGUGUAGUAUUUCCACAUGCAUCAAUGAGAUUUGCGUUUCAUAGGAAUCAAUCAAGAUCAACAGUAUGAUCGGUUCUAAGGUGUCGAAAUUCGUUGUGAGGAUGUGCUCAACGGCAGCAGAGGAUCUCAGAAUCGCUAAUGUUCUUUCUGACAUUCCCACCAAGGAGCAUAAAAUCGAUGUCGAUGGCCAAACUCUGCAUUACAUAAAAGUAGGAAAAGGGCCCAAACAUAUUCUGUGCCUACCAGGGAUGGUAGGGACCAUUUGGAGCGAUUUCAAACCACAGAUCGAUAGAUUGGAUAGGAGCAAAUUCACAGUGGUAGCUUGGGACCCCCCUGGGUAUGGGGAAAGUCGACCAAAAGAUAAGCAACUCGACCCAGAUUUCUAUGACGUUGAUGCCACCUAUGCUAAAAAACUAAUGGAGGUACUAGGAAUCCCCAAAUAUUCGUUACUUGGUUGGAGCGAUGGAGGAGUAACUGGUUUAUUUUUGGCUGCAAAAUACCCAAUGAAUGUGGAGAAAAUGGUAGUGUGGGGUACCGGUACAUAUAUUUCCCCAUUUGAAUACAAAUUCAUCGACAGUAUUAAAGACCUUAGUACAUGGUCACCAGAAAUGUUGGAACCUCUGAUUGAAAUAUACACGAAACAAGGGCUCGAGGAUAUAAUGAAGAGAUACAGCGAUGCCUUGAAAAUGAUGUACGAAAGAGGAGGGGACAUAUGCAGUGACCUUCUGCAGGAAAUCCAUUGCCCCACUUUCAUCCUCCAUGGGGACAAGGACCCCCUACUAGCCUUGCAUCAGCCUAUGAAUUUGCUCAAUAACAUCAAGGGAUCCAAUGCAGAAACAAGAGAGGAAAGAAAUAACGAUAUGGAGUUCAAAGCACAUAUCGCAAAACUAGAAGGAGCAUCAAAUUGGACAAAAUGGAGAAGACAGAUUGAGCUUUUGCUGAGACAUCAUGAAGUUCUCGAAGUUACAACUGGAGAGAUUCAAUCUCCAGGUGAUCCAGGUGAUAUUGCUACACCAGAAGCUAUCAUUCAGUUCAAUGCAGAUUUGAAACGUUUCAAGAAACUAGAUGCAUUAGCUCAGCUGAUUUAA